AUCCAUUUUGACAAAAAGAAAUUUAUAUUUUAAAUGAAAUAACGUUAGUGUAACAAGAUGGUAUGUGUAAAAUGUAAGUAAGAUAAUUAUGGAUGGUUAUAUCAGUAAGGAAGAUUUCAAAAGAUGUUGUUAUGAUAUUUGCACAAUAAGUAUGAAAUUCCAAGACAAUUUUGUGCUGCGAACAAGCAAGGAUGGAGAUUGUUAUAUGGUAAGGAAAUCCAUUAAAAAAGUAGAUCUUGAAAAUGAAGAAACAGUUCUUACGGAUUUUGAAGAAUCAUUUGAGUGUCAGUCUAUCACUUCAAGUAAAUGUUGUGCAAUUACAUUUGAGCACCAUAUCCUUUAUAGUGAAAGUUUUAAUGUCCCGGUGCUGUAUUUUGUUGCUUAUUGUCAUGAUGGAAGUAUGCUUUCUUUGGAAUCUAUAUGGAAUCUGGUACCAAGACAGCACCAACACGCAUUGCUUGAGAAAUGGUCUUUUAUAAGUCAACAGGAACAUCCUGAACUGGGAUGCAUAUAUUACCAUUUACAUCCAUGUCACACUAGUACCUUGAUGAAAAAUUUUGUGUGCAAUCAUAGUAUUAAAGAAAAAUUUAAAAACUACGUUUUAACUUGGUUGAGUGCAGUUGGCCCUGUCGCAUGUUUAGAUUUAGAAUUAGAAUAUUUCAAAUAAUUCGCUCAUAACUAAUAGUUUUCAAAAAAUAGACAAUUUUAUCUUUGUAAAUCUUCUCGAAUAUUAAAACAAUACUUGGUGGUGCUUUCACAUAUUCCAUGCGUGUUAUUUGGGGAUGCUUCCACUAUGUUUCUGCUACGUAGCUACUUGAAUUUUAUAUUGUAGCUUUAUGUGUUUAUUAUUAUACGUUUGUAUACCUAUUUUUAGCACGGUUCACUUAUAAACCAAAAACAUUUGGUUAGUACUA